GCUUGGGUUCCUGGCGGCGACGACUACGACGACGAGGAGAGCGGACCGAGGCGGCGCCUGAAGCAGCGGCGGAGCCCAUGCCCCGAGACGGCAGGCGGGCCCGGAGAGACAAGUCCGGGGUCCGGGGCAUGUCCCCGGGGCCCCCGUGAGGAGGCGGCGGCGGCGGCGAUGGAAAUCCCGCCGCAAGAGGCGCCGCCCGGGCCGGGCGCGAACGGCGACGCCGAGGAGGUCCCCGCUGAGGCCGGGUCUCCCGGCCCGGCGUCUCCCCCCGCCGAUGGGCGCCUCAAGGCUGCAGCCAAGCGCGUCACAUUCCCGUCCGACGAGGAUAUUGUGUCCGGAGCGGUGGAGCCCAAAGACCCCUGGAGACAUGCCCAGAACGUGACCGUGGACGAGGUCAUCAGCGCCUACAAGCAGGCCUGCCAGAAGCUGAACUGCAGACAGAUCCCCAAGCUCCUCAGGCAGCUCCAGGAAUUCACAGACCUCGGUCACCGCAUUGACUGUCUGGACCUGAAAGGUGAGAAGCUUGACUACAAGACCUGUGAGGCCCUGGAAGAGGUCUUCAAGAGGCUGCAGUUUAAGGUUGUAGACUUGGAGCAGACGAACCUGGAUGAAGAUGGUGCCUCAGCCCUCUUCGAUAUGAUUGAGUACUACGAGUCGGCCACCCACCUCAACAUUUCCUUCAACAAGCACAUUGGCACCCGGGGCUGGCAGGCUGCCGCCCACAUGAUGCGCAAGACAAGCUGCCUGCAGUACCUGGAUGCCCGCAACACGCCCUUGUUGGACCACUCGGCACCCUUUGUGGCCCGCGCCCUGCGCAUCCGCAGCAGCCUGGCGGUGCUGCACCUGGAGAACUCCAGCCUGUCAGGACGGCCCCUCAUGCUACUUGCCACGGCCCUGAAGAUGAACAUGAACCUGCGGGAGCUAUACCUGGCUGACAACAAGCUCAAUGGCCUGCAGGACUCAGCCCAACUGGGCAACCUGCUCAAGUUCAACUGCUCUCUGCAGAUCCUGGACCUCCGUAACAACCAUGUGCUAGACUCAGGUCUGGCCUACAUCUGCGAGGGCCUCAAAGAGCAGAGGAAGGGGCUGGCGACCCUGGUGCUGUGGAACAACCAGCUCACACACACGGGCAUGGCCUUCCUGGGCAUGACACUGCCGCACACACAGAGCCUGGAGACUCUGAACCUGGGCCACAACCCCAUUGGGAAUGAGGGUGUGCGGAACCUCAAGAAUGGGCUCAUCAGCAACCGCAGCGUGCUGCGCCUUGGCCUGGCCUCCACCAAGCUCACGUGCGAGGGCGCGGUGGCAGUGGCAGAGUUCAUCGCCGAGAGCCCCCGCCUCCUGAGACUGGACCUCCGGGAGAACGAGAUCAAGACAGGCGGGCUAAUGGCACUGUCGUUGGCCCUCAAGGUGAACCACUCACUGCUGCGCCUGGACCUUGACCGCGAGCCCAAGAAGGAGGCGGUGAAGAGCUUCAUUGAGACACAGAAGGCGUUGCUGGCCGAGAUCCAGAACGGCUGUAAGCGCAACUUCGUGCUGGCGCGAGAGCGGGAGGAGAAAGAGCAGCGGCUGCAGCUAUCAGCCUCCAUGCCUGAGAUCACCAUCACCGAGCCCCCGCCCGAUGAAGAGCCCGGGCACGAAGAGCCUGGGGACGAGCCUGCUGCUGGGGUGCAGAACGGAAACCCGAGCCCUGGGCCUGGCCCAGACUCGGACUCAGACUCAGACUCUGAUGGGGAGGAGGAGGAGGAGGGUGGGGAGAGGGGUGAGGCCGGCAGUGGUCAGAGCCCCUCAGCCCCCUGCCCUGCCCUGGUGCCCCCAAUGGACUCCCUGGGCCCUGGGGACAAGAGCCCCCCAGGUAGCCCCUCCUCCCCCACCGAGCAGCGUAUUUCUGUGUCCAGCCCAGGCCGGGGCCACAAGGUGUUUGUGGUGACCCGGGUGGAGAGUCCACCUGAAAGGGCGGAGCCCCCUGAGACCCUUGCUCCUCCCUCCCCUCCUCCUUUAGCCCCUCCUUCUCCAUCUGCCUCACCUGCCCUCCCACCAGCUGAGGCCACUGGCACCCAGGACCCAGGGUCAUCUGAGUCUCAGCCACAGUCACAGCCGGAGCCGCCUCAGUCAGGGCCCCCACUGCCCAACGGCCUCAAGCCUGAGUUUGCGCUCGCACUGCCCCCAGAGCCACCCCCAGGGCCUGAGGCCAAGGGGGGCAGCUGCGGCCUGGAACACGAGCUGAGCUGCUCCAAGAACGAGAAGGAGCUCGAGGAGCUGCUUCUGGAAGCCAGUCAGGAAUCUGGGCAGGAGACACUGUGACACUUUAGUUCCUUUUUUCCAGUCGGUCUUCGAUGAGCUGAGGCCAGAGCCAUGAGAAUCUGCCCACCCUCACCCCCAGCCUUCCUGAGGCCCAGGACGCCUGGGGGGUGGGGGCCAUUCUGGGGACCCUCCUUCCCCCACAGCAACACUACAAGGGGCACAGGCGCUACAGGGAGUGGCAUUCCUGGCCCUGACUUAAGCACUUGUAUUUAUGUGUCCACCACUUGAAGACUGGGCUGGAGAGCAGAUGGCAGGGGGAGGAGAAGGAAGAGGUCUCCAAGUACAUCAGGCCACAAGGUUGGGCUUUUGUUCUGGAGGGGCCUGUUCGGCCAGGCUGCCCUGUUGAGGGCAGGAGUCCGAGUGGUGGUGGGAUGGUGUCUGGGUGGCUCCGGCUCAGGACCAGGCAGAGAGCAUGGAAUCGGAGGGGCAGUGAGUGAUGGUGGUGGUUGACAUUCGUAGAACAGUCCCAGACAGGGUGAGGGCUGGGUCAGGGGGUGGGGGAUGGGAGCAGAGGAUUGGAACUUUCUUCCUAAGUGCAAUAAAUCUAUCAGGGAGCUGGGGCGGGCACAGUGGGGUUCCAGGGACCUGCUGCCCAGGCCACUUGAGGCUGCGCCCUGAGAGGCACUACAAGC